AUGCUCGGCUACGAAGAGGCUAAAGAACGCUCGCUGUACCUGAUCGUUCAGACUCAGGUUAUUCAGGACGAUGUAAAGGGAUUCCAGGAUAAUUUCUUCAAGCUCUGCCGUGCUGCCAAGGAGACGGUCGAGGCCACACUCAAGAAGAAUGGAAUGAAUAGCAUGGAAGAGCUCUUCAAUAAGGCAAUGGCUGAAUUGCCUAAGGAGGAGGCUGAGAAGUACAGAAAGACAAUCGAGGAGCUCAAACCCAAAGGUGUCUUGGACAUGAUCAAGCAUCCGGAACUGAGGGACGCUCUUGAUGCAGCAAUCUGGUUGGGAGACUUCAUGGCGUCUAUGGCAGCCUUUUCAUAUGCAUCGAGAAUCAAGGCCGGAUUGCAGCUUGAAUCGGAAGCAUUUGCGAAAUUGGGUCCAUCGUAUUCUAGAGUCGCCGUUAACAGGGCCAUGGCGGAGGAGGCAACCCUUGCGCUUAGGGAGGCUGCAUCCGGAAAGCUCACCACGGAGGCGUUCGCGGCCCUCGCCAAGAAGUUCAAUGAGCAGACUGGCAAAGAGAUCUCAACCGUUGCCGAACGGCGUAUGCUCGAAUGGGAUGCAGAGCAGCUUUCAAAAUUUUCUGCAGCCGAGGAGAAGCUCGCACUGAAUGGGUUGAGUGAUGCAGAGAAGGUCGCGGCUGAAACGGCAGCUGGGGCAAGGGGGAUGGUCAGAAGUGGAAUUUACGGGUUGAUCGCAAUGGCCGUUAUCAUGGGUGCUACUUGGGCUUAUAGGGAGUACCAAGAGCACCAGAUGGCCGAAAAGAUGAAGGACGGAAUCCAGCAGCUCGCCACAGGUCGUCUCUAUGCUCACCAGGCCAAGCUCACGGCGCAGGCCUAUACAUCUCUACCUACCAUCAUCGAGGAUAUUGCUGACGCUUUCGAUGAACACGAUACCCAGGAGCUGAACAAGAAGCUUGACAAGUUCGUACUUAAGUCGAGAAAGCUGGUGCCGAGUGAAGACCUGAAGGCUAGCUUUGACCAGCUUCGUGAGGGUGACAAGGCGCAGAACCAGAAACUUGGGGAUGAUCCUGAGCUAGAGGACAUUAUCAGAAUACAUAAGGAGAAGGCGGAAGCGCUCAAGCAGACGAAGUAA